UGUGAAAGCAGUUUGCGUCGCUGCCCCACACCUCGUUUCCUCUUCCCGCCUCUCGCGGCGCAGAUCCCGAAGAUACGGAACUUAGCCGAAUCCUCGCUUCGAAGAAGAACUGGGACUUAGGACCUUACCGAGUGGAUUACAAACGAUCGGUUUUCACGAAAAGCGAAGCUUUUACGAACCAACCGAGGGAAAGGACCUCUCUGGCGUAAAAGAUGACCAACACCAACACAUCCCUGUGGAGCUAUGUCUCCACCAUGUCUCCGGAGCGGUUCAACGGCUUGUAUGAAGAAUUUCCUCAUACUCUACGUUGUCUCCUAGGGGAAUGGCUAGAAACAGAGCCAUGGGAAUUUAUCAACAGAUCAGAUUCUUUCUGUACUCUUCUGGCUGGAAGGCUGCUAUCUGCCAUGGUGGAGAAGAUACAAGAUCUUGCCAACAAGAACUGCAAUUCUGCUGCUCAGAUUCUUCAGUUUGUUGUCAACAUUGAGAGCAGAUAUCGGAAAGAUCCACUGCAGCUGGCAAAUGUUAUAAAAAGGAUCUUGGAAGCAGAGCAAACAGCAGUUCAACAGCAGCAUCAACACGUUCCCCUUGUCAUCGAACGUCAGCGGGAAGAACUGAUGUUUCGAUUCAGCAUACAGAAGCUACAAUACAGACUUCAAGAGAUUCAAACUCUCCGGGAAAGCUUCCAGCAGAUGAAGGGCAACACCAGAGCUCCAAUGUCACAAAACUCACUGGACUGUCAAUUUCCAAUUCAAGAGAACCUGCCAGCAAGUUCUCUUCAAAGCCUUCAAGGAUUGUUCAUGAAGAUGGACAGUGAGCUAGAAGAGGCCAAGAAGAAGGUUCUGAUGAGGCUUCUGAUUUGGAAGAGGCAGCAGCAAUUGGCUGGGAAUGGAAGUCUGUUUGAUGAGGACUUGUCCCCGCUGCAAAAGAGGUUGGAAUGCCUGGUAGAAAUUUGGUUCCAGUUUCGCCAGCAGUUGAUUACAUCUGGAGUUGAGCUUCAAUCUCAUAUUCGAGAACAUCUUGAUGAUACAUUCAACUCUCUUAUACAAAAUGAAGGCACUGGAGAGAUUGUAAACAACACGGCGUCGCUGGAUAUAAAUGCCUCCAGCAAUUCUUGUACUGCUCAGUUCAAAAAUUUGCUUCUCAAAAAGAUCAAGCGUUGUGACCGCAAGAGUACAGAAUCCGUAACGGAAGAGAAAUGUGCUGUCCUCUUCAGUACCAGCAUCUGCCUUGGACCCAAACAAACCAACUUCCACCUACAGGCUCUGUCGCUUCCCAUUGUGGUAAUUGUGCAUGGAAAUCAGGACAACAAUGCCAAAGCCACCAUCUUAUGGGACAACGCCUUUGCUGCUCCUUUACCAAUUGCAAGUCUGCUCAUUGAUCCAUUAAAGCAAGAUUUCACUGUACUUGCGAAAAGUUUUUCCCCCCAGUUUCACAAUCAGAGAGGUGCACUUUUUCCUUUCAACCAUUACUACAAUUCUCUAAGCCCUGCAGUGUUGAUUAUUGAUUUUCUCCUCUGUUUUCCCCCCUCUAUCUGUCUAUUUUGUUCAUGCAGAUUGAUCAUGGGCUUUGUCAGCAAGCAGUAUGUUUUCAAUUACCUGAGCAAUGCUCCAGCUGGGACUUUCCUGUUACGUUUCAGUGACUCUGAGAUUGGUGGCAUCAGCAUCGCCUAUGUUUCCUACUUCCCAGAUGGUUCCACUCAGGUGGAGAACAUCCAGCCAUUCACAGCAAAGCAAUUGUCCAUUCGUUCACUAGCUGACUGUGUUCUGGAUCUCCCACAGCUCCAUAUGCUUUUUCCUAACAGACCCAAACACGAGGCUUUCAGAAGAGACUACAACACAGAGACACGAAAAAACACCAGCAGUUACGUCCCAGCCACGAUAAAGAUAACUGUAGACUCACCCUGCUUAUUCCCUACAUCAAUUCAGAAACCAGUUGACACUCUGGGCAGCUCUAAUGUGAAUCUUGCAGUCCAUUCUGAUUCAACUUAUCAUGAAGUGGCUGAAACCAUUUCCCCACCUUCCAGUGAAGAGUUUGAAAAGCUUCUGCACCCAGACCAAGACCUGCACCCGGACCUUCACUUUUGCCAUAAUCCAGUGUGAUCCAUUUUUAUGUGCUUGUCGUCUUUCUCUCUAAUACCUUGGAGAUACUUUAAUGGACCUUUUAUGUACUUCUCCCUAUCAAGCCUGGACAUAAACAGUGAUGGCUGGCAACCCAGAAGACUUACUGUGUACAGAAAACUACUCCUGGGCCUAUCUGCAUGUCUACUUCAUCCAGUUAGAUCUUUGCAAGUUCUUUUGAACCAAGACCUGCUUCAGUUGUGUGCCAAGUCAGCUCUGCCUAUAUUGUCAGCGCAGCCAAUGGAGCAAGAGAGGGUCGCCCACUCACUCACAUCUCCUUUGCUGUGGGCAAUAAUGCCUGGGGAAAGGGGGACAAAUAUGAUGCACUAGCACCUCUUUGUGUUUUAUCACUUAUGUGUUACCUCUGGAUCGCAAGGGAAAUUUUGUAAUUUUUCAAUUAUAGAAUAUUAGAUUAACUUUUAUCAGUACCAGCAGCCAAGAAAGAAAACAUUUCAUCAGGAACUUCAGAAGAAAAUCUCUUGGUUCAUUUAAUGUAGGUAAAAUUUUGGUUGGGCUGCUGAUUCUUUCAUGUAUUUAGAUGGAUCAGUUGGGCAAAUGAAAAGAUUCCAAUGGAGUCUUCAUUAUUUUUCAUUUCUCCUUUGGAAGAAGAGACACCGUAUUUCCCCCCAGAAUUUAAUGUUCCACCCAGGAGCCUUUCUCCGUAUCAUACACAAUUGUUAGGCAGAGUGAGGUGACCAUCUCAGACCAAAACAAGAGCAAUGGUGGGGAAGUGUUGAAUUUCACAUGGCCUGCCUUACCGAUUUGCCAAAGUAACCCGCUGCCUUAGGUAUGGUGGUGAAUGCAAUCUUCCUCGCAAGUUUUUGUCCAUAGUUUUGGGGGCAGGGAGGUGCGAUUCAAUUUUCAUCCAAACAGCUGCAAAAUAUUUUGGUCCAGUGUUGCCAACUUGCAGUUCCUCUAUAAAAGAUGGAACCUAGAUUUUUUACACCUUUUUUCUGAUCCUGAGUGAAUUUUGGAUUCUUGAGUUAUGGACUACAGCACCUACCAUAUGCCAUUUUUUCUGGGUAGAACAAUGUAAAAUCCAGAUUUCUCCUAUAUUAUCAGCUAGCACAGCCCAACCUUUUAUACUAGAUUUCCUGUUGUACAUAUUCUAUCCUCAUUUGCCAAUAUCCUGGUAAAAGGUGCAGUGUAAAAUAACCCAUAAAAUAAUACUUUAUUCCAAAA